GCCAUGACUUAAAGACAAAUGUCUUAAAUUCAAAACACUCAGUCUGUAAAAAGCUUUUAAACAAGUCGGACGCGCCCCACAGAGGAGAUUCGAUUUCGUUGGAAUCGGCAAUUGCAGAAAAACAGAACCAUUAGCAUCCAUACACCAGUAAAUGCCAAUUUACUGGAAAUUUCAAAGAGACCAUUUUCUAAAACUGGGCUAUCGUGCAGCGUAAGUCAGCGGGUGACAGAAAAAAAAAACGCACAACAAAAAUUGAGAAAAAAAAAAUAAAUUUUCGCACAAUUUCGUGCAAUGAAUUGUUUAUGGAUGUAAAUAAAACAACAACAAUAACGAGAAUUUAAUUUAAAAGUCUUAAAAACAAAGGGAAUUUAUUUAACCAGCACAACAGCAAUUUGCGAAUUUACCCUCCGCCCACUACCAACAACAUUAUCAUCAACAUCAUUUCAGUUUGAUGUAAACCGCGAAGGCUCGUCUCGUAAAUAAAAAAAAAACAAAAAACAAAACAGCAAAGCAGAGAACCAGUAAAGCGUGCACAAUUAAAGCUCAAGUGAAAACAACAAAACAGAAAUAUAAACAAAAAAUCAACUCACAACGAGUGGCAGAAAAAACAUUAAACAAACAAUAAGAGCGCGCCAGCUACAGCUACUGCUAAAGCAUACUCGUACAACAACAACCUCAAAGAUGAAAGAAAUCAAAAGUAUUUACAACAAUUUAAUUGUCAUCGUCGCCGUUGUUGUGAUGUUAAUGUGCAAUUAUGUUUGCUCAACUCCCAUGAUGUACAAACGCAAUCCCGACGAUAAAUUCGAAAGAGAUUUAGUGCCUGUUUCAUCAACAGUCAUACCAUUGACUGCUCUCGAGGUCAGCUAUGGUUUGGGCGGCAAGCCGAGUGAGGAAUACAAAGAGGCAUAUUUGAAAAAAUUGCGCAAGAAAGUCCAACGUGAACAUGAAAAGGGCGCAAGUGAUAAACAAAUUGAUCCGGAUACUUUGAUAACUGUUAAAAAGAAGCAUAACGAUGCCUCCAACAAGGCCAAAGUCAAGGGAAUUAUUAUCACCAACAAAAAUCCCAGCGAAACUGCAGCAGCCAACAACUAGUGAGAUGAAUGGGGCCCAAUGUCUUUAAUUUUAACGACCAAUAACAAUAAUUGAUGUUAAAUCUUUAUUUUUCAUGUUAGUAUGAUUAUCUAAUAUGA